UUCUGAUGCAUUCGUCUCAACAGGAUCAUAUUCGAAGCCCAGGAUUUGCCGACUGCCGUGCCAGUUUGUUUCAGCAAAGUAUGUUUUUGCUGAUAAGAAAAGACGGCGAGGGCCGAGGAGAUUUCAACGAAACUGCCAACCAAACUGGUGGAUUCCACGACAUGAAUGCACUACGCAAAAGUUAGUCUUUUUUUUUUUUGAGAAGGACGCAAAAGUAAGUCAAGUUGUAAAUUUUCUCCAUAUUAUACUCAUACGGGCCAAACAUGCCCACUUGAAUUACGGACCAGAGUGCCCAGAGCGCUUCAUGCUUUGCCUUUCAUCUUCAUUCAUUCCACCGUGCUUUGCAGCUGAGAACGCAACAUGGCGGAAUCGCUUCCCGGUGGUGCGCGGGGUGGCUGGCAAGGCGGCGAACGCGCUCGUCCAGAGCGUCACGCGCGUGUGCGGCGUCGACGGCGACCGCCGCAAGCUGGAGCGCCAGCUUCUGGCCGUCCAGUGCAAGCUGGCCGAUGCCAAGGCGAAGAGCGAGACUAAGGGUGUAAGUGGGUCAGCCGCGAACCUACUUAUAGGUCAAAAUAAGCGGGCUCGCGGCUUAUUUUAGCCUAUAAGUGGGUUUCACGGGUUAGCCACUUACAACCCUAAGCGAGACCAACCCCGCCGUCAAGCGCUGGAUGAAGGACCUCAAGGCUGUCGCCUACGAGGCCGACGACGUCCUCGACGACUUCGAGUACGAGGCUCUGCGCCGCGAGGUCAAGAUCGGCGACUCCACCACCCGCAAGGUACUCGGCUACUUCACGCCGCAUAGCCCACUCCUGUUCCGUGUUACCAUGAGUAGGAAGCUGGGCGAUGUCCUCAAGAAGAUCAACGAUCUGGUUGAAGAGAUGAACAAGUUUGGCCUGAUGGAGCACACAGAGGCGCCACAGCUUCCUUAUCGGCUAACACACUCGGGGCUGGACGAGUCAGCAGACAUAUUUGGGCGAGAGCAUGACAAGGAGGUGUUGGUUAAACUGAUGCUGGAUCAGCAUGAUCAACAGAAUUUGCAGGUUCUCCCCAUCGUGGGGAUGGGCGGUUUGGGCAAGACAACGCUUGCGAAGAUGGUGUACAACGAUCCGAUUGUCCAGAAACAUUUCCAACUGAAGAUGUGGCACUGUGUUUCGGAGAACUUUGAACCUAUUUCUAUUGUGAAAUCCAUCAUUGAGUUGGCUACAAAUAGAAAAUGUGACCUACCUGACUCAAUUGAGUUGUUGCGAAGGCGACUUGAAGGAGUCAUUGACAGGAAAAGGUUUCUACUUGUUCUUGAUGAUGUAUGGAAUGAGGACGACAACAAGUGGAAUGAACACCUAAGGCCACUUCUGAAUUCUGUCGGGGGUCCAGGGAGCAUUAUAGUCAUCACAACUCGCAAUCGGCGGGUGGCAUCUAUAAUGGAAACCCUUCAACCCUAUAAGCCAGCAUGUCUAAGUGAAGAUGAAUCAUGGGAAUUGUUCUCGAAGAGAGCGUUUGGUAGAGACGUACAAGAGCAAGAAGAUUUGGUCACCAUUGGCAAAUGUAUUGUACAUAAAUGCAAGGGGCUGCCACUUGCUCUGAAGACGAUGGGCGGUCUAAUGAGUUCCAAACACCAAGUCAAGGAAUGGGAAGCCAUCGCAAGAAGUAAUAUUGGUGAUAGUGUCAAAGGAAAAGACGAAAUCUUAUCAAUACUAAAAUUGAGCUACAAACACUUGCCAUCUGAAAUGAAACAAUGCUUCACCUUCUGUGCAAUUUUCUGCAAGGACUAUGAGAUGGAGAAGGACAUGUUGAUCCAACUAUGGAUAGCAAAUGGUUUUAUUCAAGAAGAGGGCACAAUUGAGUUGUCACAAAAAGGCGAGUUUGUUUUCAAUGAGUUGGUUUGGAGAUCAUUUCUUCAAGAUGUUAAAACAAUAUUAUUCAGAAGCUUAGAUUAUGACUUUGUUGUAUGUAAAAUGCAUGAUUUAAUGCAUGACUUAGCAAAAGACGUUUCAAGUGAAUGUGCAACUACAGAAGAACUGAUUCAACAGAAAGCACCAUCUGAAGAUGUUUGGCAUGUGCAAAUAUCAGAAGGUGAAUUAAAACAAAUCAGUGGAUCAUUCAAAGGGGAAUUGAGGAGCUCAAACAGUUGAGAUACCUUACCAAUAUGUUGGGGCUGUACAAUUUGAGAAAAAUAAAGAGUACAUCGAACGCGAAAGAAGCCAAUCUCCAUCAGAAACAAGAGCUGAGUAUAUUACGAUUAUUUUGGGGCUGCAUGUCAUCCUACAUGCCUGGAGACAAAGACAAUAAUGAGGAAGAAAUGUUGGAAUCUCUUAAACCUCACAGCAAGCUUAAAAUUUUGGAUUUAUAUGGUUAUGGUGGAAGUAAAGCCUCAGUGUGGAUGAGAGACCCUCAAAUGUUCCGGUGCUUAAAAAGGCUCAUUAUUGAACGAUGUCCAAGAUGUAAGGACAUUCCAACAGUGUGGCUAUCAGCCUCUCUUGAGUAUUUGUCCUUGUCUUAUAUGACUAGUUUGAUCUCAUUAUGUAAGAACAUUGAUGGGAACACCCCAGUGCAGUUAUUUCCAAAGUUGAAGGAGUUGAUAUUAUUUGUUU